AUGGGCGAUUUCGAGCGGCGACCCGUCGUCUCGAUGCGGCGGCUCAUCAUCUUCGUCGUUCUCUUGCCGACGGUCGUCGUGUCCGCUGCUCGCAAGCCGGUUAUGUGUCUGCAGUGUGGAGGAGACAAGUACGAAGGGAGUGUCAGGUGAGAAAAGGAAAAGAGAAGACAGAGUCGGAAAACGGAAAUAUUGCAGACUGUCGAGGGAUAUCUGCUGUAAAGCCACUCCGAUUAUGUGUCUGCAGGGACAGGUCUGUCUCCGAGCACUCGUAUACUCUCCGUACGGUAACUUCUUCCUGUCCGGAUGCCAUCCAGAAGAAGACCAUCUGAGCGGAUGCGACUAUCAUUAUCUCCCUCACAACUCGUCCGUUCAUCGGUGUGUCUGCACGGAUGCCGAGUGCCAGAACGACUUUCCCGGAGAUUGUCCGAUCAAAGGAAUAACUGAUGUCACCGUUAGUUUCUUUAUCCAAUGUCCGUAUGAAAGCCUGAAUUUUCCAUUUUUCCAGAAACCCUUCACGACGAGCACAGGAGUUCCCCACUCCUCGACGCCUCCUUCACUCCUCGCUCGCAAUCGGACACGUGGCAACUCGGCUCGCGGACGUCAUCAUCACAACCACAGCAUCACGAGCGGCUCCCUCACGACGUCUUCUCUCUCCGUCCUUCUACUUCUUUCACUCUGGGUUUACAGUGUUACAGUCGCUUGA